GCAACAGGAAACACACCCAAAAAUUUCACAUCACCGUCAGGAUUCGCGAGCAACGACCUUUCCUCUCAAGCAUUAACGAGCAGUUCAAUGAGCCGCCUCGUCGGCUUCGGAUUGCGCUUGUGUCAAAAAGCGGACGCAUUUAGUGGGAAGUCCUGUCCGAAGUCAACACGAUCGGAAUCGGACUUGGGACGUCUGCAAUGGAUCAUCAGCAACCUUUGAUUGAGCUUGCCAUCAUCAUUCUGAUCCUGGCUGCUCAUUCAAAAGGUGAAACAUGGGGUCUGAAAGUCAACCGAAGCAUCAACGCAGUGAAAGGCCAAAGUGUGACCGUUCCAUGUACGUUCAGCUACCCACCCAAGUACCACACAGAAAAACCUGGGCUCUUCUGGAAACUGUUCCAGAGAAGCACAUUCAAGACCUACGACCGGGAUGCCAACGCGUUCAUUUAUCACCCCAAUAGCACAUUUGUGGUGAAGGAGUAUCAAGGAAAGACCUCGAUCGUACCAAAGAGAAACGACAGGAGCUGCACCCUCAAGAUUAAAAACCUAAUGGACAGCAGACUGGUUAUUUACUUUCGGAUCGUUGCCAAGGAAAGCUUUAGUUUUUAUAACCAAAGCGUCACGAUAAAUGCGACAGGGCCAGAUGCUACGUCAGGCACAUUCAAUCCAGCUCCAAUCAACAGAAAUAUGUUACAAACAAUCUGCAUUGCCGUCUUUGUACCGCUGGCGGCCGUUGUUAUCCUUCUCGCUGCUGGAUUUCUCCUUUGGAAAAGGCACGCAAGAUCACAAUCAUUUGGAAGGGAGGGCUCUGGAUAUUAUGCCAACUUCAGCAGAAAAUCACCAAACCAAGCCACCAGAAAAGAAACGAACAACAAACACGACGAUAAAAAGCUUCCAGAGAGCAAGGUUAUCGAGGAACCUGUUUAUAUUAAUUUACAGCAAGCUGCAGGUCAGCCGGACGGACAAGGAGGGGAUCACAGUAUAUAUGAAAAUGUGGAUCACGCUAAAUAGUGCACUCUGCUAGCUUGUCCGCCACUGAAAGUGCACGACUCGCCAAAUACAGCGAAUGAAUAAAGGUGCUCAUCACACAUUUGUGAGCAAACAAAUCCUUGUGUUGCAUGUUCUGAUCUUCCAGUCCAGGGUGGCCAAAAAUCAGCUGAGAUUGGCUCAUAGUCACCCAAGACCAUCAUCAGGACAACCGUUAUAGAAAAUUGAUACCACUGGGAUCGAAACAGGAGGUCCAAACUUUAAAAAAGGGUUUCCCAUUCCCAGUUGCUAAUGGUGUAGUGGUACGCUCGCCUGACUUGUGUGCGGUCGGCAUGGGUUUGAUUCUCACUCAGUGACGGUGUGACUGCUUGUGCGUCUUUAUAUGUGCCCUGCGACUGACUGAAGACCAGUUCAGGUUGUCUUGCCUUUUGCCUGGAGUCAUCUGGGACAGGCUCCAGCAACCUCCCUUGACCUGUUCAGGAUAAGUGGUGUUGAAAAUGGAUGGAUGGAUUAAAAUCAAAAUGAAUUCAUUUUCCCAGUAGAUGUGGAAGAAAAUUGAAUCAAAUGGC